UAUAUAUGCAUACAUAUAUUUAGAGGCUAAUUGAAUUGAUGCUUCGUGGUAGAUCACUGAAGACUUCAUUCAGACUUUCGACCCUUUUAAUCUCUCUCAAGAUUGAAGCAGAGAGCAAAUUGAAGAAGCUAGGCUGUGUGUGUGUGUCUCUCUCUCUCUCUCGAGGGUAUUGUUGAUUCUGCCUCUGUUCUAUAUUAUUAAUUCAUAUCUAUCUGAUUCAAGCUAGCUCUGAGAAUUUUGCAUCGAACCCAGUUGUUUAAUUUCUAUCAUCUGAUCUGGGUAUAGUCUCUUUUUAUUUUUUGAUGAUGAUUUUGAGUGAUUGUUAGAUUUUCUUGGGAUUUCUCUGAAGAAUAAUUUUAGGUAUUGCUUCUAAUUUUAUUUUUGUUAGUUUCUUAUUUUAGCUUUAUAUCUCUCUUCUUUUGGGGUUAAAUUUCUCUUUCAGUUUUUGACUCUGAAGUUGUCUUCUAUUCAUAGUUCUUUUUUCUUUCUGAUAGAUUAGUGGUCUCUAUACUCCCAUUUUGAUCUUGUGGAUUGUAUUCUUAACAGUAGGCUAAUUACUUGGUUGGCUGAAUUAAAUUUUAAGCUAGCAAACCCUAAAUUGCUAGCAAAGCAAUUUUUUCUUCUUUUUGUAUUCUGGGGUUUGGAGAGAACUAAAAAUUGGGGAAACUUCUUGUUGAUGGGAAUUCUCAUGAAGAUGAGCCCAAAUGGCAGAGAUUUUGGUGUCCUUGUGUUCCAUAGUUUGUUGUGGGUAAUGUUGCUUGGUAGUGGUGGUAGUAGUAGAAGCAACAUUGGUGUGGCCUAUGCUACUGUAACUGAUAUAUAUUGCUUGAGAACCAUAAAGGAGUCUCUUAAGGACCCUCUUAACUACUUGACUUCCUGGAAUUUCAACAACAAUACUGAAGGUUUCAUCUGCAAAUUCAUCGGUGUUGAGUGCUGGCACCCGGAUGAGAAUAGGGUCAUAAACAUCCGCCUUUCGAACAUGGGUCUCAAGGGUCAAUUCCCUCGUGGUGUCGAGAAUUGCUCGAGCAUGACCGGCUUAGAUCUUUCGAGCAAUGAGUUAUCCGGGCUCAUCCCUUCAGAUAUAUCCAAGAGGCUCCCAUAUGUGACAAACCUUGAUCUCUCUUCCAACAGUUUUUCUGGUGAAAUUCCGUUGAGUCUAGCGAAUUGUACUUACUUGAAUGUCCUUAAGCUUGAUCACAACCAGCUAACCGGUAGCAUCCCCUUGGAACUUGGCCAGCUUGGCCGGAUUAAGACGUUUACCGUUGCCAACAAUUUCUUGACGGGUCAGGUCCCCAAGUUUGCUAGUUCAAGCAUAACGGUGGAUAGCUAUGCAAAUAAUCCAGGACUCUGUGGGAGCCCUCUGGGUCUUUGCCAGGGUCCUCCAAAUAAGUCUCGUGGCGGAGUCAUUGCAGGGGCGGCUGCUGGUGCGGUGGCUGUUACCGCGCUUCUUGUGGGUAUAGUUCUUUACUACUACUCGCGAGGGAUGGCUACAAAGAAGAAGGAAGAUGACCUUGAAGGCAAUAGAUGGGCAAAGAAUAUCAAAGGAGCUAAAGGCAUCAAGGUUUCAAUGUUUGAGAAGACCGUUGCAAAAAUGAGCUUAAGUGACCUCAUGAAGGCUACUGAUAGCUUCAACAAAAGCAACAUCAUUGGAACGGGAAGAACUGGAACAAUGUACAAGGCAACACUUUCUGAUGGUACUUCCCUCAUGGUUAAGAGGUUGCAAGACUCUCAACACUCAGAGAAAGAAUUUACAGCAGAAAUGAACACUCUGGGUAGUGUGAAACAUGCUAAUUUGGUGCCCCUCUUGGGAUUUUGCAUGGCAAAGAAGGAGAGGCUUUUGGUGUACAAGUACAUGCCCAAUGGGACGCUCUAUGACCAGCUCCAUCCGGUGGAACCUGAGGCAAAGGGCUUGGAGUGGCCUGUGAGGCUCAAAAUUGGGAUUAGGGCAGCCAGGGGCUUGGCAUGGAUGCAUCAUAGCUGCAACCCCCGAAUAAUCCAUAGAAACAUAAGCUCCAAAUGUGUGUUGUUGGAUGAGGAUUUUGAGCCGAAGUUAUCUGAUUUUGGCCUUGCAAGGCUCAUGAACCCUAUUGACACCCAUUUAAGUACUUUCGUGAAUGGGGAGUUUGGGGAUUUGGGUUAUGUUGCUCCCGAGUAUCUACGAACAUUAGUUGCCACACCAAAGGGGGAUGUUUACAGCUUUGGAACUGUGCUACUCGAGUUGAUAACCGGAGAGAGACCUACCCAUGUAGCUAAUGCCCCUGAAACCUUCAAGGGCAGUUUAGUGGAGUGGAUCACAGGUCUGUCAGGCGACUCUCUUCUCCAUACUGCCAUUGACAAGUCUUUGCUCGGGCAAGGUUUCGAUGGGGAGCUCAAGCAAUUUCUCAGAGUCGCUUGUAAUUGUGUGUCGCCGAAUCCUAAGGAGAGACCAACCAUGUUUGAAGUGUACCACCUUCUUAGAGCUGUUGGAGAGAAGUACCAUUUCACAACUGAUGAUGAGAUUUUGAUGCCACUGACUGAUGCUGGUGGUGCUGAUUUUCAGGAUGAACUUAUCGUUGCUCAAGAACCAGAAGAGAUCAGUUACAGAAGUAAUUUUGAGAUUACUAUGCAGUAGUAGUAGUAGUUUGAUGCCAUAUUAAAAAGUGUUAUGAUCAAAUACAUAAUACUUGUAACAGUUAUGACUUGUAGUAGUAUGCAACGUGCAUUAUUUGAUGUUUAGACCAUUAACUGUAAAUAUGUUUGAUGUUCUUGUAAUGUUGAGAAUUAGGAUACUUGUUUCCUCCCUGA